AUGUCGUUGAGCAAUGCUGCAAGAGAGGAGAUUGAGGCCGCCGUGCGGCAUGCGGAAGAGACUGGGCAGGUAGUUCAGGCCCACCAUCAGUUGCUUGCAGCGUUGAAGAGACACGGCUUGAUCAGAGAGGGCGUGCAGCUGGAGCCUGAUCAGAUUGCAUGCUCGCCUCUCAACAGAGACGGGUUCGGAUUGUCGGGGCCCGACAUCCACGAACUUGUGGAGAAGGUGGCUCAGGUGGGAUGGAAUGACGGUGAGGCCAGAGGCAUAUGCCUGGAGUUGGCUCCGCACGACCAGCAGGUCAUUGCCUUCAAUAAGAAACUGUGUGAGGACAGUGGUGGCCUCAUACCGCCAAUCAAUGAGAUCUCAAUGCGCUACGCCUCGCUGGCUGGGUCGCACACGAAUGCGAUGUUGCGAGCCUUGCGACAUGAGGCCCUGCACCUGCAGAGUGGCCCGCUCUGCGUCGAUGGCCAUCUGAGCCUGGCCAGAGUGGAGGCCAUUGACGCAGGCUUUGCAGAGGCGGCUCGUUGUGGGAUGAGAUGGAAGGUGAUUGGUUUGGAGGUGAUGUGCGGGGAGCACGAAUUUCAGAUGCUCAAGCGGAUCUUGUCCAUGAUCCAGGUGAACCAGAAUGCUGAGUGGGACAAAGUCAAGCUUCGGAUCUUGGCCUCGAAGCCCAUGUGUGCCAGCGCGUGCCCGUAUAUGUUCACCUUCCUGAUGCGCUUCUACCAGGCUGACCUCUUUGCCAGGGCCGAAGAAAGGGUCAAGCGAAGCUUGCGUACGGGGCAGCUGGGCUCUGACUUCUACGCUGCCUUGAGUGGCAACUGCAAGGACCAGUCGCAGCAGCACUUCUGUCAGGCGUAUGCCUCGGAGAAGAAGAUGAUCGCCGCAGCAGAUGUGAAGCGAAUGCUUGUGGCUCAAGAUCUGCAGCCAGGCAUCCUGAAGGCCCAGGACCUGAUGCAAAAGAUGCGGCCGCUGGUUCGUGAGGCCGGCUUGCAAGCGCUCGAGGCGCUGGACAAGUUUGAAGACACUCUGGUCUUGAUUGCUUUGCAGAAGGUCAAAGGCCUGGACAUGUCCGAGGCUUGCAGCAAACUUGUGGACGAGGUGCAAGCUUUGACUGGCAAAAGGAUUUGUGAGGAGUACGGCCAGCGCAGAGAGAGCUCUUCCGGCUCUUCCAAGGCCGAACAGUGUGCGCAGCACACCGAGCACCUUGCUACACUAUACUCCGGGCAAAGGGCUUACGACUCUGAGGGCGAGCUGCGAGAUCAGUCUGUCCUUUUGAAGGAGAAAGGCUUCCAGGUGGGCUCCUACGUGGUCCGCAAGAAGGACAAAGCCCGCGGCCAGAUCCGCUCUAUGGAGAGCUCGGUUGUUGUGCUGACCAUUGAGACAGAGUCCAUCAGCGGUGUGUGCAAGGUGGCAGUGGCCAGCUUUUUGAGGGGGGACUGGAAGAUCGUCAAGAAGCCCGCAGAGUCCCUUGAGUUCAGUUGGCCAGUGUACAAGGAUUUUGCAGGGACCAACUCUAACCUGUUGCAGCUCAUGGGAGUCCGCGGUCGCGUGGCGCAGGCCGUGCUGCAGGCAGGCAGAAAGUUUGAGCACACCAUGGAGGGUUUGAAGCUUCAAGUGAAGCCGAUGAGGAAUGUCGUGUGCCAGCAAUCUUUCCCAAAAGGGAAAAUGGUUUUGGCUCCAAGCAGUCACAAGUUGGAGACCAAGCCUGGCGGCUUGCCUCUCGGUAAGAUUGACGGAGUGCAGCUCUUUAUCCACUCUUCCUUUUCCCCGCCAGGGAAGGACGGCAGCCUUGACCGCUCGGUGCUCUGUCCCUUCUUCAUGGUGCGCAAGACUGACCAGGAGGAAGAGGCCAACUGUGUCAUCUCCCCGAUGUUUGGCGAUGGCGAGGACAACUCUGCAGCGAAGAUCCCCCUUAUGAUCAACCAAAGAGCCUUAUCCGCUGGCGAAAGCCUCCUGCUUUUCUCGCCCAAGCCGGAAGAGUCUGAGCCUGAGGAGCUGAAGGUGGAGCCGCCUGCCCCAGAGCAAAGGCAGCGGAAGCGCCAGAAGAGCGCUCCUGGAUCCGGCCGAGAAGAACUUGCGUGUCACGAAGCAACUUUAGAAAACUCCAUUGUGGCUGUUUGUUUGCUUCAUGAUGUUUUUCUUCUCAUCAUGCCGGCCUCCAUGCGUGGAGCCUAG